UGAGUUAUGGGCACAUCGCACACUGCUGAGGUGGCGGCCAUGUCAGCCGUCAAUCACCCCAACAUCUUGCGACUGCACGGCAAGGCCAUGGACCCAUCCCAGGGCCUCAUUCUCGUGUAUGAGUUUAUUCCCCGAGGCGACAUCAAGAUCUUUCUGACAAGAGUCCGCCAGGGAGAGGUGCACUUCCCCUGGAGGGAUCGUAUGAGGGUGGCAGUGGGGUGUGCCGAGGCGCUAGCUGCCAUUCACGCGCACAAGUUCAUUCACCGUGACUUCAAGUCGGCAAAUGUGCUUCUGCGCGAGGAUCUCACUCCAGUGGUGGCUGACUUUGGUGUGGCUCGCACCAUAGAGGACUGGAAAACGCACGUUACAACAGAUGUGGUCGGAUCGGCUGGCUACAUCGACCCAGUCUAUUUCCAGAAUGGCCAACUAAGCCAGAAAUCUGACACCUACGCAUUCGGCAUCUUCCUGUUAGAGCUCAUUUCGGGUUUUCCGCCGAUCAGUGACCGGCGAGUGCACUUCCCUUGGAGGGAUCGUAUGAGGGUGGCUUUGGGGUGUGCUAAGGCACUAGCUACCAUUCACGCACACAACAUUGUUCACCGUGACUUCAAGUCGUCAAAUGAGCUUCUGCGAGAGGAUCUCACUCCGGUGGUGGCUGACUUUGGUUUGGCUCGCACUAUAGAUGACUGGAAAACGCACGUCUCAACGAAAGUGGUUGGAUCUAUGGGCUACAUCGACCCAAUCUAUUUCCAGACUGGCCAACUAAGCCAGAAAUCUGACACCUUCGCUUUUGGCGUGUUCUUAUUGGAGCUGAUGUCUGGCUGCUGCCCCCUCAGUGCACAGUACCAGGAGUUGAGGCAGUUAAUAAUCUCCAAGGAUUUACCCGACCCUUUGUUGGUUAUGGACCCUGCUAUCGAGGGGGACCGUGCAAACUGCCAAGCUGUUCAUCUCAACCAUCGUUCGCCUGCACGGAAUCCGAAGGCGAUCGUGACCCCCGAUUCAUGUCCAACUUCUGGAAGAAAAUGUGGGAACAGUACUGUACACGUCCAUCUGUCCACUGCUUACCACCCACAGACCGACGGUCAGACUGAACGGACAAAUCAGACCAUGGAGCAACUGAUACGGACAACCUGUACCGACCCGACCCAAUGCGUAGAUUCCCUCCCUCUGAUCGUGUUCGCGUAUAACAACGCCCAUUCGUCAACGACUGCCCAAUCAUUGUUCUACCUGAAUUACGGUCUAAACCCCAUGACUCCCACUACACUGUUAGUUGAGAGCCCUGCCCUACGAUCGAAACAGUUCGUCAAGGACUUAUAGACUGUAUAGAAAAACGCUACCGU